UGUAAGCCUAACAGGUCACAUACAAGGGGGAAUGCAUAUUAGGUGGAUUGGGAAGUCUGUAACCUCUAACUUCUUCGGCCAGUUAUGAAAGGAGAAGGGAGAACACAUCAGGAAGAAUAAAAAAGAGGCUGUGAUUUCAGAUGGAUUGAGGGAAAAUGUCUCCAGUUGAAUCUCCCUUUGUUUGAAUAAAGGGAGCUCUCUUUUGCCUCUUUUUGGGAUUGUAUGGAUCUGUUGAGUUCCAGCCUGAAUCACUGAUUGCACAGCUGGGGAAAGGUCCUGGUCAGCCCUGUGAGCACAAGGCAAGGCAAUUCAGCUGCGUGCCUGCAAGGGGCGGAGCCUGGCUGCACCUCUCCUAGACCCCAUUUGAGGGCUGACUGCCAACACGAGGGGAUCUCUCGUUGAAAAUUCCUGCUCUGUGGAGCUUCUACAGUGAGCCUAGAUCCUCGGACAGAGGAGUUGACCUUACUAUAAAUUGAGAUUGUCUGAUCUGCUAUUGAAGGUGAAGACUGCGUUCCUAGAAAGGAAUAGAUGCAUGCUCCUUGAAGGAUGAAUCGUUGGGCAAAAAACCAGCAAUCUCUCCAACUUGUAGAAGGCUUCUCCAUAUCCGUAUUUUUAAUUGUUCCAGCUUUGGAUACUGCAUGUUGGAAAUCCUGUCCUUUCAUGUGAGAGCGUCUUAUGAAGAAUUCUGAUCUUGAUUUACAGAGUGAGGUACUUCCUUGCUGAAAAAGCGGACCGAUGCCUGGUAGAAUUAUAUGCAAGCACUAAGGUUAGAAGUAUUGGGGGACAGUCCAGUGCUGCCCUCUGAGAUGGCUUUGAAACCCCAGAAGUCACGUCUGUGUUUGCAUGGGCAUCCAUUGAGAGGUCUGUUUGCUGCUUGUGGUUAAUGGGGCCAAACAGCAGCAGGUGAAAGCACUCUGCGUGGUUCCUCACUGCCUCCAGAUCCCUUUGGCUGAGGGAGAAUUGACUCCAGCCCAGGUGAACCUGCCAGACAAAUAGCAGAAGGUGAAGUGCAGCGGAAGCAUCGCGUCUUGGAUCCCAGCACAGGGCUGGAGCCUGCUGACAUCCUGAGCAGCGUGAGAAGUCAUUGCCUGGGAGCUGGGGGAGGCCAAGGGGGAUGAAUUCAGGAGAGAAAAAAGGCAUCCCUUUUCCUGUGCUCACCCAGAGAACGCAGGAAAAUAAAAUCAGCGUAGAGUGUGCUGAAGAAAAAUAUCCAGUGGAGGGCACUCAGUGUAUCACAAACUAGAACAUUAGCACCAACAAGCUCCAAAGCAUCAUCACUCUCUGGAAAGCCUUCUGAAUUAGACAGGAGCUGCCUCUCAGCACAGCUACAAAACACUUUAAACCUGACCAGCUAAAUGGAUAAAGCUAUCCUGCACAGUCUUUAACUGGGGGGUUACACGGCACGGGAGGCCUGCCUGCUUCAGGAGCUGGGAGCUGGAGAUGGAUUGCUGUGUCUGGGAAUGGCAAAAGGCAGCAGAAUGAGAGAUGCUAGGGAACUUUGUGUGGGGCUCUGGCAUGCACGCUGGAUGGCGGUGAUGCGAGCGGCAGCCGUGCUGUGACAUGAAGAUUUUGAUGGUUUAAGGAAAAGAGCAGUUUUAAAAAGAAGAGAGAGGCAAAGGAGAAAAAGGCAAAAAGGGGAAGAGAGAGCGAAGAAAACAGCUGGCGAGAGGAAGAGGAGGACGUUUGUUGGUGACAAAAGGAUGGGUUUCCAUUUAAUUAAGCAGCUGAGGGGCAUGAGUGUGGUGUUAGUGCUACUUCCUGUGGUGCUGUUUGUUGUGCUUGCGGGGGCUCAGCGAGCUUGCCCCAAGAACUGCAGAUGCGAUGGCAAGAUUGUGUACUGCGAAUCUCACGCGUUCAGAGACAUCCCUCAGAAUAUUUCUGGAGGGUCUCAAGGCUUAUCGUUGCGGUACAACAGCAUUCAGAAGCUUAAAUCGAAUCAGUUUGCGGGCCUCAAUCAGCUCAUAUGGCUUUAUCUUGACCAUAAUUACAUCAACUCCGUGGAUGAGGAUGCAUUUCAGGGGAUCCGCAGGCUGAAGGAAUUAAUUCUGAGCUCCAACAAAAUUACCCAUCUGCACAACAAAACGUUUCACCCAGUCCCCAACCUCCGCAACCUGGACCUCUCGUACAACAAGUUGCAGGUGCUGCAGUCUGAGCAGUUCAAAGGCCUUCGUAAGCUCUUGAUCUUGCAUUUGCGGUCUAACUCGCUGAAAUCCGUCCCGAUCCGAGUUUUCCAAGACUGCCGUAACCUCGAUUUUCUGGAUUUGGGCUACAAUCGCCUGCGGAGCUUAUCCCGAAAUGCUUUCGCUGGCCUUUUGAAGUUGACGGAGCUCCAUUUGGAGCACAACCAGUUUUCUAAGAUCAAUUUCGCCCACUUCCCACGCCUCUUCAACCUUCGCUCAAUUUACUUGCAGUGGAAUAGGAUCCGGUCUAUCAGCCAAGGGUUAACAUGGACUUGGAGUUCCUUGCACAACUUGGAUUUAUCAGGAAAUGACAUUACAGGGAUAGAGCCUGGGACGUUCCAGUGCCUCCCCAACCUACAAAAGUUGAACCUGGAUUCCAACAAACUCACCAACAUCUCUCAGGAGACCAUCAAUACAUGGAUCUCACUCAUCUCCAUCACUCUAUCCGGAAAUAUGUGGGAAUGUACUCGAAGCAUUUGCCCUCUGUUCACUUGGCUUAAGAAUUUCAAGGGAAAUAAAGAAACCACUAUGAUAUGUGCAGGCCCUAAACAAAUCCAGGGUGAAAAAGUGAGCGAUGCUGUGGAGACAUACAAUAUCUGUGCCGAAAUCCAGGUGGUGGUUACUGAAAGAUCGUAUCAGGCUCCCAAAACCCCCCAGAGACCUGUCUUUAUUCCUAAGCCUACCGUUUCCAAACUUGAAAGCAAUCAGCCAACGUCUGUGGUGCCAAGCCCCUCCACUGACCUCCCAACACCUGCAGUGGAACCCGAAUACGAGCACGUUUCCUUUCACAAAAUCAUUGCUGGGAGCGUGGCCCUCUUUCUUUCCGUGGCCAUGAUUUUGUUGGUUAUCUACGUGUCAUGGAAGCGCUAUCCAGCCAGCAUGAAGCAGCUCCAGCAGCACUCACUCAUGAAGAGGCGCAGGAAAAAGGCCAGGGAGUCUGAAAGGCAAAUGAACUCCCCUUUACAGGAGUAUUACGUGGACUACAAGCCAACAAACUCUGAGACCAUGGAUGUAUCCGUUAAUGGAUCUGGGCCCUGCACGUAUACCAUCUCUGGCUCCAGGGAAUGUGAGGUCCCUCACCACAUGAAGACUUUACCCUACUACAGCUACGACCAACCAGUGAUCAGCUACUGCCAAGCCCACAAACCCCUCCACGUCAACAAGGGCUACGACAGCAUGGCCCGGGAGCAGCCAGAGCCCACCAACCUGGAACUCAGUCGGGACCACAGCUUCAUAGCCACAAUCGCACGCUCAGCGGCUCCGGCCAUCUACAUUGAGAGAAUACCAAAUUAGGGCCGGAGGCAGCAGGGAGCUCUUCCGAAGGACCUUUCAGCUCAGAAGAGAGCAGGGCCAGGAGCUAAAAACCACCGUUCCACUUCGAGAUGUUCCAACACAGACCACGGGAAGGGGAUAAAGCAGACCCCGCAGACUGGAAAUGCUGUCUUGCAGUACACACUGAGAACUUCAGGAUUUUCUUUGCUUUAAACUUUCGAACAAAUUCCUCAAUGUAAAUAUUAAAGAGAGAUUGUUGAGUUCUUAUUAAAAAAAAAAAAAAAUAGAUUUCACUCUAGCUACAUAAAGGGAUGGAUUAAGAG